AUGAAUCCCGGCCAGUUUCCCAACCCCGGCGGGGGCAUGCCUGGGCUCGUCAACCCCGGCAUGCCGCAGCAACAGCAGCAGCAAGCUCAACAGCAGCAGCGCAAUGAGAACGCCCAGUUGAUCAUGAACACCGUCGCACAGGAGUUACAGUUGCAGCCUCGACUUGGUGGAUGGCGAGAUGAAGUUCCCAUCAAGGUUCGAGCUAUGAACGUCUACCAAAUGAUUACCUCCCUCCGAUUGAUCCAACCUCGAAUCGACCUGAAGCAGGCAGGCAACGCCGCAAUUGCCUUCGAAACCAACGCCUUCAAGAAGGCCAAAGAACGGAGCGACUACGAGAAAGAGUGCACCGAUAAGCUCCUCCACAUCAAGGAUACUCGCCAGAGACAAGCUGCCGUUGCGCUUCAACAGAGCGGGAUGAUGCCCCAAGGUGGGCCCGCUAUGCAGAACCAGCUGCAGGGUGGAUUCCCCCCUCAGAUGAAUCCGAACAUGCAGACCUCGCCCAUUCCGCAGGGUCAGCCUCAGAUGGCCAUGGGUAUGAAUGGCUCCAACCAACAGGCUGCUAUGCAGCAGCGCCAACAGCAACAGCAGCAACAACAGCAAGCUAUGCUUCAGCAGCAGCAUCAGCAACAGCAACUGCAGCAACAACAACAACAACAACAACAACAACAACAACAACAACAACUGCAGCAACAGCAACAGCAACAGCAACAGCGAGCCCAGCAACGCACCAUCAAUCUCCCACUUAACGACGAGCUUCUGAAUCUCCAGAACCCUGAUGGUGAACACGUGCAACGACUGGCGCAGCAAAUGUUGUCCAAGACUUCUCCAGAGGACCUUGAAAAGGUCAAGCAGAAUCUUGCCAACAUAAACCCAGACCAGCGACAGUACCUGCAGCGCAAGGGCAUCGAUCCGGUCAACUACUUCUUCCGCACCCAGGCCCUCAGUCAACUACGCCGAUACCGUCGCUCUCGCAUGGAGAUGGGCCGCUCCGCGAACGUUGGCAACCCUGAUGGCAUGCUCAAUGAUCCAAUGAUGAGCCAGCAGGCAAUGUUCCAAAACAUGAUGAAUCUGCAGCGCAGCAAUUCGACUUUCUCUGGCACCCCAGCACAGGGUCAGGAUCCCAACGCUUUCUUCGGCAACGUGGAGAAUAUCCAGGGUCAGCAAGCUGACGGUCUUCGCUCGCAGGAAGCCGGUCAGCUAGUAGUUCCCGCCAGCUCGACCCAAAUGAAUCAGGCGCCAUUCAACAACCAGCAGAACCUGUUUCCACAGCAGACAGGGCAAAAUGGCCAAGGAAACGGGACCAUGAAUGGAAUGGGCAUGAACACCCAGAUGUUCAACCCACAGCACAUGCAGCAGGGUCUCCCCAACGGAGCCCAGCAACUACAGGCUCAACAGGCGCAGGCUCAAGCCCAGCAAGCCCAGGCUCGGGCCCAGGCUGCCCAGAAAGCGCAGCUGGCAAUGUCCGGCCAGGUCAACUCUCAAGGCCAGGCCCAGUUCUCCCAGCAGAGUCCUGUCAUGCCGAUGCUGAAUCAGGGCAUGCCUCCUGGUCAGAUCUCCCCCGUUCCAAUGCCGGCUCAGGUUCGGCCUCCAUCGCGGCCAGUGAACAUGGGUCAGCACCCAGCUGGCAUGCAGGGUGCACAAGCUACCAUGCAGCCUCGGCCUCAGAUUCCUCCCAAUUUACCCCAGACGGUCCGGGAUCAUCUGGCUCAGAUGACCAAUGAGCAGCUUCAUACUUUCCUGCAGAAUCAACGUCGUAUGCAUGCUAGCAACAUGGCUCGCGCCAAUGCCCAGCAGCAACAGUCUCAGCACCAACAGCAACAGCAACAGCAGCAGCAACAACAGCAGCAGCAGCAGCAACAGCAACAGCAACAGCAGCAGCCGCAGCCGCAGCCGACGCAGCCUGGUUCUCUUCCACAAGAUGGUCAGAAUCCAGCAAUGUUCAACGGUCAAAUGGUCAACAAUCCUCGAAUGAGAGCCUCCAUGAGUAUGGCACAAGGCAUGAACCCGGCAGCUGGCCUGAUUCAAAACCCGCAGCAGAUGACUCCUCAGCAACGGGCCUUGCACCAACAGCGACAGAAUGAGUUGGCGAGGCUGAAUGCUCUCCGAAAACAGAACAAUGGCCACGAGAUGACCGUUGAGCAGCAAAAGGAGAUGGACCGGGUUUCUUUCCCGCCCUCGCUCGUCGCCAAUAACCCCCACGUCCCCCAACACAUCAAGACUUGGGCUCAGAUCAAGCAUUGGGCCAACGCUAACCCCAUCAGCACCACUGGGGUGGAUUACAACCGGCUCGUGACUCUGCAAAAGCUUCACUUCGCCCAGAUCCUGGCUACGAAGCUCGCCCAGCAGAGUCAACAGAACCAGCAAAAUCAAAACCAAAUACAGCAGACUUUCCAGAAUUCUCAGAAUGGGAUGCAAGCCCCACCGAAUCAUCCAAUGCCCAUUAGCAUUCCAAUGCGACAAAUCACAAAUGAGGAUGUUCAAGCAACCCGCCAGAAACUGGGAGUCCAAGCGGCCAAAUUUAACGACGACCAGAUUCGUGAGAUUCUUCGAAACAAGCAGAAACAGAUGUUCGAAGCUGCGCAGCAACGUGCUCUUGCUUUAGGUCAAGCAGUGCCUCAACUCCCUGGCUCGGUACCUCCAACCCAGGCACAGGCUCAACCAAUUCCUGUUCCCCAGCAGCCUUUGCAAGUCCCUGGCGAUCUGCAGCCCUCGAAUCCGAGACCACAGCAGACCGGCCCUGCCCCGAAGAGCGCUAAAGCCCCGCCUGUGAAUCAGCAGAGAUCGAAGAAGAGACCAAACCCAGAUGAUGUGGUCGUCGAGCCGGUCAUGAACCCGACCCCACAGCAAACCCAUGCUACUCCAACCCCUGCAGUUCCCGCGCCUCCAAUGCAGGUGGGCAAUCAACCGUCUUCGCAGGAGCCUUUCACUGCCAUGACUCCCGAGCAACGUCUGGGAAUUGAACAGUCAAUGCGGCGCCAGCAGCAGGGGUAUUUCCGUGGCCCUCCUCCCAAUCGGGCAACUGCUGAACACAAUUGGAGCACCAAUCUGCCGCCGAAGCUCUUGGAGAUCUACAAUGAGAUUUCCAAAGCUGCUCCGGCCUCAAAUAUAGUGACUGUCUCUCCAGAACAGAAAUCGAUCAUGACUCGGCAACUGCAAGACUCGCUGGAGGUCCUGGCUCGACUGGAUGUCCUGGCUUUGCAUGGAUUCCCAAAGUUGCCUAAUCAAGAGCGCAACCUGAGAAAUCUGCUUGCCAUGCGGAUUCAGUUGAUGCGCCAGUUCAAGAACAGCGCGGACUGGAUUAUCAAUGACCAGUUCACCAUCACCCCCGAUUAUCUGACUGGUGCGAUUCUUUUCAUCCGCAAGCUGUUCCAGGCGGCAGUGAUGCGGUUGAAUGAGCGCCGGGCCGCCAACCAAGCCAACGCCCCCAAUGCUCAGCCCGAACAGCCGGUACAGACUUCCCCCUUGAAUGCGAACAACCUCAGACAAUUGCAGCAACAGCAGCAGCAACAGGAUGAGGCUCUGCAGAAUGCUCGCCGUGCUUCCAGCCAGUCUGCACCCGUUCCACCCGCGCCAUUCGGUGCUCCAUCCCCUCAAGGUGUUCCGGCAUAUGGCCCUGGAGGACUUGCCCCCGAUAAACUGAAGCUUCCUCCACCUAAGAAGCGCAAGCAGUCUCACCCUGGUGUCUCCUCGUCUCCUGUUCCGGCCAGUGCUCCCAUUAUCGCCGAUGCGAGUUACAAGAAGGCCGUUGCGGACGCCAAGUCGACGGCUGCCGCUCUGGCUGGUGCGUUCAAGUGCAGCGUUAUUGAGUGCCAGCACCACUUCCAAGGUUUCCCGACUCAGCCUGCGUUGGACAAGCACGUUGAAGAGAGUCACAAGCCGGAGGCGGAAGAAGUGAUCGAGGAUCCGAUCCAAUUCUACCUGGACAGCCUUGACAUCGGUCUUGGGCUGACCGCGGAUACCCAGGGAGCUAAACAGAUCGCUACUACCAGCGCUGGUCCCACUCGGUUGAUGAAUUCUCCUGUCAAGCCUGGUCUGGCGACUCCUGCCUCUUCGACCGCAACCCCGAUGAUGCGAGCCACGAGCCAGGUCGUUGCCAAGGGCGCAUCGCCCGCAACCUCCGCUCAGCAGCUCACCCCUCAACUGGACAAGGCGAAGAAGCCAGGUACAAAGCCUGGCGCGCUUGACCAAUCAUCGGAACCCACCCUGCCGUGGGCUAACUCCCAGGUGACUCCCAAGGAGAUUCAUGACACCUUUGACCCACUUUUCGACGAGAUCGGUGAUCGCAAUGGGCUCAGCUUGUUCUCUGGUGAGCCUUGGAGCCUGGACGCCUUCAUUGUGGCUGACUCCGGUCGUCGUGAGCCGACUGAGGAUACGCCCGACUCCAAUGACCUGGCGCUAGCCACCCAGACUCCUCAGGAUGAUCUCAAGGACCCUAUCAAUUGGUCUGAGUGGUCUGUGUACGAUGAAGAAUCUGCUCGGCUCACCGCUGAGUGGAUGAACAUCCCGCCCGAGCUUCAAGACAACUCUGGCGACGGGAUUCCCGGUGUGCGGGUCGAUUUUGAUCGUCUGGAGCGUGAGCAGAAGGAGAUUAGCCUCGGUGGCGGAGGUAGCCUUGUCAUGACUACUGUUGUCUGA